AUGGGUAUAAACACAGCUAGGAUUGAUACAGGUCAACAGACUGAUCCUGAUGAUUAUGGGGCACUUAACUCUGAGGAUGACCUGGAUCUUGAUAAUCAAUAUCUCAACAACCUAUUACAAACAAACAAUACUCAUAUUGACUUGGUAAGAAGUCAAUUACAGAUGGAUCAUGCAGUCAGUAACCCUAAUGGGAAAAUUUGGGUUUUUUGGUCUAAUAAAGUAACUGGUCAUAUUCUGGAAAAGCAUGCUCAGCACAUCACUAUUACUUUUAAGCACACAGAUAUUUCUGAGAAAUUUAUGAUGUCUUUUAGCUAUGCUAAAUGUAAGGAUUAUAUGAGGAGAUCUUUGUGGGACAGGUUAAUCUUUUAUGCUAAUAUGGAUUUACCUUGGUGUACAAUUGGUGAUUUCAAUGUUAUCACUUUUAUAGAGGAGAAGCUUGGGGGAAUACAUUAUAAUAUGAAUAAGAGUUUUGACUUUAUUGGAGUGAUAGAGGCAUGUGGAUUGACUAACUUAGGAUACACAGGGCUUCCAUUUACUUGGUGCAAUCAAAGAGAUGCAGAAGCUAGAGUUUGGAAAAGAUUAGAUAGGUCUAUGGUUAAUGAUAAAUGGCUAGAGGUUAUGCCUCAAACUACUAUAGAGAAUCUAUCUUCUGUUGGUUCAGAUCACAGUCCCCUGCUAAUGGAAAUGACUAAGGUUAAUGAGAGCCACAUCAAAUAUUUCAAAUUCUUACAUUUUUGGGUCGACAAUGAAACUUUUUUGAAAACAGUACAACAGUGCUGGGAAAAGGGAGUUACUGGCAACCCAAUGUGGAAAUUACAUCAGAAAUUGAAGAAAGUAACAGCUACCCUUAGUAACUUGUCUAAACAUGAGUAUGGAGAUAUCUUUCGUAAGGUCAAGGAGUUUGAAGAAACUAUCAGGAAUUCUGAUGCAGAACUUAUGACAAACAACAAUGCAGCUGUUAGACAGAAUCUACAUCAGCUGAAUGCAACUUACAUUAGGUACUUGAAAAUGCAAGAGUCUGUUCUUAAACAAAAGACACAACUUCAAUGGUUUAAAGAUGGUGAUGCUAAUACCAAGUACUUUCAUGCUUUGAUGAGAAGUAGAAGAAGGAGGUUAUAUUUACAUAAAAUUUGUAAUGCAAAUGAGGUGUGGAUACAGGGGGAGGAACACAUUGCUCAGGCAGCCUGUGACUAUUAUCAACAAAUGUUUACUAGUCCUAUUGAUAGAAUAGAUGAAAGAAUUCUUCAACUCAUACCUACAACAGUCACUCUUGAACAAAAUGAGAUGUUGCAAGCAAUGCCUAGUAUAGAGGAACUCAGACAGUUGUGUCUGCUAUGA